CACCAAGGAAGCUUAAUCGUUCCCUGAACGCCGAUCUGCAAUUCAAGCAUCAUCAUAUCUGUCAAGAAAUAUGGCUUUAAGACGAGCUCUGCAUUUUGUUUUCAAAGUUGGUGACAGGCCAAAAACAGCCACGUUUUACCGAGAUGUUCUUGGCAUGAAGAUUUUACGUCAUGAGGAGUUUGAGGAAGGCUGCAAAGCAACGUGUAAUGGUCCCUAUGAUGGAAAAUGGAGCAAGACGAUGGUUGGCUUUGGUCCAGAAGAUGAUCAUUUUGUAGCUGAGCUGACAUACAAUUAUGGGGUGGGAGAGUAUCAACUUGGCAAUGACUUCUUGGGGCUCACUCUGCAGUCCAGCCAAGCUGUGAGCAAUGCUCGGCGUCUGGGAUGGCCUCUUACUGAGGUAGCAGAGGGUCUGUAUCUGACCCAGGCUCCAGGAGGGUAUCCUUUCUACCUUGUGGACAAAGAGCAGCCUCCCAGUGACCCUGUGCAGAAGGUUUGUCUCGGAGUAUCCGACCUCCAGAGGUCGACCCACUACUGGACUACACUCUUGGGAAUGAAGGUGAUGGAAAAGAAUGAGGAGAAGAAAACAGUGCUGAUGGGAUUUGCAGACACUCAGUGUAAACUGGAGCUUCGUGACAUUGGUGGGACAGUCGAUCGUGGAACAGCGUUUGGGAGAAUAGCAUUUUCAUGCCCGCGGGAGCAACUGCCUGACCUCGAAGCCUUGAUGAAAAAGGAAAAUCAGAAAAUUCUCACUCCAUUAGUCAGUCUGGACACUCCUGGAAAAGCCACAGUAGAAGUGGUUAUUUUGGCCGACCCUGAUGGUCAUGAGAUCUGCUUUGUGGGAGAUGAGGCUUUCAGGCAACUGUCCAUGGUGGACCCCAAAGGAAAUGACUUGCUCGAUAAGGCCAUGGCCGAAGAUAAAAGUGACGAGUGGUUUGCCAAACACAACAAACAGAAAGCUGCUGCGUAAGGCGAACGGGUCUGCCUGGAAAAAUUGUGCACCAUCAGUUUUUCACCAGUUCAUAUGAUGAAGAGUCGCUGUACAAGGCACUUGCAGUGUAAAUCUCCUUGUAAUGACAACUUAGUUAUCCUUAGGCUGGCAGUAUGAGAUGUAUUUCCCCCUGGAAGCAUGCCACGAGGCACAGUUGCAUUCACAGCACUUUGUAAAAGGACCAUUUGUUCUGUUUGAUGGACUUUUUUCCAAUAAACAUUGUUCCUAUCAAUAGGGCAGAGAGCUGGGAAAUAAAUCAAUUUAACGCAACUUAUUUGUAAAAAUUAUGAGCCCAAACUUUUGCUGUUUGGCCCCUGCUGGCAAGAUUGAAGUUAGUGUGUGAAAUUUUAUUUUAAAAGAACUUUAUUUUAGAAAAAUCUACCAAGCAAAGACAACAUAUACCAGAAUAAUAAAGGUCUUAGUUGUAGAUUUUGACACAGGGCCACAACAUUAUGUAAUAAUGCAGGACCUGCUUUAUUGUUGAUACGUAAUUCCACACAUUUUCUGCUAAUCAAACCACCCAAACCCAAUUACAUAAUGUGUACAUGGGAGUUUUCUUUGGGAGGAAUACUUGGACAGUCACUUGAUCUGCAGCUGUUUACAGAUAAAUGCAUUAAAGUAUCAUGCAGUAGCAGUACUUUAUUCAUGUGAUUGAGUUACUCUGAAUCUUAUCCUUUUAAAAAAUGAUAUAAUGUAACUCAUCUGGUUGAAAUAAAUAUCUUUAACUUGU